UUAAUUUUUUAUAUAACUAUGUACACAUAAUUAUACAAAACAUCUUAAUAAAAGUUAUAAAUAAUUUACAGUAUUGAAAUCAAAAUUACAAACAAAUGAAGAAAAGAAAAAAAAAGAUACAAUAAAAUGCUUCAAUCAUAUAAAUAAUGUACACAACCCAAAAUAAUAGAAAACUUAAUAUUAUAACCAUCUACGCCUCGGGCACAUAUUGGGAGGAUGGUCUCAUUUUCAGGGGACUACUACUUGAUCAUUUUUGUUCUAUGAUAUAUUUUGGCAUGAUUAUUUUAAUUAUAGGGAGUUAAGAUGCUCAAAUUUCCCAUUCAAUAAACUUAUUGACUCAGUUCAAAUACAAAAUUCACCGUUGACAAAAUAUAAUCUGAGAGUGAGUACGUGGGAAAGCACUCCAAGUAGUCGAGGUGAAGCAGUGCAUAGUCUGACCUGGGGUUUGAGUUGAGAUGCCAGGUAGUUGUCCAAUCAAACAUCCAAUUGGUAUAACAACCCUCCAACAACUUAGCAAUGAAAAUGCACAAGUUUUAUUUGUUUAAAAUACUUGACUUUGAAUAUUAAAUAAUUGGCAUGAAACAGAGGAUUCGAAUUUUAUAAUAGCCAAGCCAAUGAUCAUGAAACAUGGCCAGCUAAUGUUUCAUUUCUAGGUUCGCUCCUAUCUCUGUCUCUCUUUCUCUCAACCUCCCCCCCACCCAAUAUUAACAACUUGUCCUAAACUCACCAUUUAAAACCCACUUUAACAUUUUUGGCUAUCCCUAAAGGCCUCUCCCUUUUAUUCCUCUCUCUACCCUCAAAAACCCCACCACAAAUGAGUGGAAGAACCUUUGUUGUGAUAUUCUUUUUCUGGGCCUUUCUCACUAUUAUCACGCCUACACUAGUUCAGUUGUCCGAGACUGCCAAGUCUCAGGCUCAGCAGUUAAAUGAUGAGAAAAAUGAAGAAAUUAAGGCCAGAAGAAUCAUGGCAGAGAAACAUCCGGUUAGAACACCAAUAGCCCCAGCUAUUAAUUCACCAGCUCCAUCACCAGUUCCAGCUCCAGCUCCCACUAUAAAAUCUCCAGGAAAUAGAAAAAUCUCUCUUGGCAAAGUCUUGACUGAAUCAAUGAAAUUAUUGGUCAAUAAGACUAGAGUUGGUGUAAUUUGAGCCUUGAGAAAUACCAUUCAAUCAUACAAUAUAUAUCUUCUUUUUUUGUUUGUUUGAAAGUACUAGACUCUUUUAGUUACUAUUUUGAGAUUGAGUUGAGCCGCAUUCAGAAUCAUUAUCCCAAGAUUAAUGUAAAAGAGUUGAGUAAAAAUAUAAAAACAUGAUUGUA